AUGUCUGAAUCAUUUGAGACUUAUGAAUCAGAGUUUCAGUUAGCUUUGCAAGAAGCCAAAACAAAGAUCUCACAGAUUAAAUCUGUUGAAGACGCAGAACAAAGGAAAACCGCUUUACGGGCAAUUGAAGCUGCUUCUGAUGAAGCCCUAGAAGUGCUUGACCAAAUGAACAUAGAAGUUCUAAACCUUCCAUCAAAUCAAAGGUCUUCAUAUAAUUCCAAAAUUCGCCAAUACAAAUCACAAAUAGAUGAAACUAAGAAUAGAUAUAAACAAUUGUUAGAUUCCCAGGAUAAGUAUGAGUUGUUUGGUAAUAGAUAUUCCGAUCAAGAAUUCGAGCCAGGAAGUUUACAAGACCAACAACGAAAACAAUUAUUGAGUAAUAAUUCAUCCCUUGACAGAUCAUCUCAAAGAUUACAAGACAGUCAAAGGAUCGCAUUGGAAACGGAAGCUAUUGGUGGUAAUAUUCUUAAUGACUUACGAUCACAAAGAGAACAGAUUUCUGGAGCUAGAAAUACACUUCUGCAAGCUGAUAAUUAUGUUGAUAGAUCGAUCCAAACUUUAAAGUCUAUGGGCAGAAGAUUGACCGCUAAUAAGUUUAUAAGUUAUGCCAUCAUUGCAGUAUUGAUCUUGUUGAUCUUUUUAGUUCUUGCUAGCAAGUUCUCUUGA